CUUAUUAAAUAGAUUGCUGAUGGAAUUAAAGCAGCCAGCUCUAAACAUGGUCUUUGCUAUUUAAAGCCCUUUUGCAUUUCGAUAUUCGUAUCAUGCCAGUAAUGUCGUCCAGUGAACAGAAUAUACCGAAUCAAGCGGCCUCGAUUCCAAAGUUCCUUUUGAAAUUGUGGAGUUUGGUCAACGAGGAGUCCACGCAAGGAAUCGUGGAAUGGUCUGAUGAUGGGACAUGUUUCCUGGUCAAAGACCAGAGCCAACUUAUCCAGUUAUUGCCGUACUACUUCAAACACAAUAAUAUGGCUAGUUUCAAUAGACAACUGAAUAUUUACGGAUUCAGGAAGGUUCACGAUAAUUCUAGUUCGCAUGCUCAGCUCACUAAUUCAAAUACGUUGGCUUUUGCUCACCCUGACUUCACUCGGGACAACCCUUCAGGACUCUCAAACAUACGGAGAAAAGGUGUGAAUACUUCCAAUAACCUACAACAGUUCAUUCCGGAACUCAUAGUCACAGAAGAUUCCUUGGGAAAAAUCAUUCCCAAUAAUGGCGGCAUUAGUAUGGAACAUAUGCAUCCACAGGAAAUUCCCAUCUCGGAAAAUACCCGUUCUGAACAUCAAUCAUCUUGCGGUUCAAAUGGGAUGAAUUCGAAACAAGAGCAUCUGAAUGAGUUAAUUGCGUUGGAAAUGCGAAAUUUAUCAGACAGAGCAGAGUACAAUAACGCGCAGAUUCAACUACUGCAGACUGAAAAUCAAAAGUUAUGCGAAGAAAUUGAGCAAUUAAAGAGCCAACAGCAGAGACAUGAGUUGAUUAUCAGUCGACUGUUUCAGUUUUUCUUCGGCAACACGACUAAUGAUUCAAAAUUUGGAGCGAAAAGGAAGCGAAAGUUUUCCAAUACUGUUGGUACUUUGCCGUUUCUCGAAAAUGGCAGUAGUAAUAGUGGCACUAGUGGAAAUAACAGCCAGAGUAACACCUCGCGUCACGAUCUUCAGUCGACGUCCAUGGAGACGCAGAGCGUGAGUCCAACGGGCGUUAUAAUUGAAGAGCUACUGGAAGAUUCGCCCAAGAAUCCACCGGAACCUACGACUGAUGUUAAAAGCCUGUUAAGAACUAACCAGACAAGCAAUUUACCUAGAUUUGCAAACGCUUCUAACACUAUAGUUCCCUACAAAGCGGGGCACGUGGUAACUAAACCCAAAUCCAAUGCGAAAGCGCAGCUCACGAAACCAUCUACAGUGGUUGGUAAUAACACCACAUCUUCAGGGUUUAUCAAAGUGAUGAUCAACAAAGGCGGUAAGAUGCAACCACAUUUAGUACGUGUUAUGCAAUCGCGAAAUCAACAGAGUGCUGUAAACUCUAAAACAGCAACAACGCAACAUCAGCCAAUUGCUGUAACAGUCCAUAGCAAUUCGGCACCACACUUGCAAAAUGGGCAGAACUAUACUACAUCUACAAACGUAGUCGGCCGAGGAAUCGGGAUGAAAGUAGCUAGUACUGACGCCAAUUUCUCAAAUGGUAGUGGUUUUUCAAACAAUGCUGAACUUGCGACAACUACAAUAGAAAAUGUUAUGGAAGGAUCGGUGAAUGAAUUGGUCUGUCCUGAAUUUGAACAUUCGAAUAUCGAGAACCAGUUUGGAAUGGGCUCUGAAAAUCCACCAGAUAAUUUAAAUGUCGAUCUACCCACGCCCUCAUUCUUGGGCUUAAAUGAAAUGGAUGAGCAGACUUUAUUCAACCCCAAUACACCUAUUCCACCACAGCUUCUGGAGAUGAACAAUAUCGGCAAAGAUGAAGUGACGUUUCCAAUGCGACCAAGCAUUCAUGUGAAUUCAACUCAGCUCAACCCAGUCAAUGAGAUCCACAGCAAUAUCCAGCAGAACCAGGAGUCACUGGACAACCUUCGUCAUAUGCUAAGCUCUAGUAGUUCAAACGAUAAAGUACUUUCACCUGCAUUUCCAGAUUAUUUGUUUGAUGUUGACAAAUCUCUCGGAGACCAAAUGGAUGCCACAGGCAAGUUUCCAGAUCUGUUUUCAUUCAGCCCAGGAGAAGCUCCGAUAUUUGACACAUUUGUUCAAAUGGACCACCCAGUCACCAAUGAAAGGCCUGACUCAAAUGAUCCUGUCCCGGUUGACAAGUUAUGAAAUGUAUUUUGGACUUUGGAAUGAGUGGUUGAGGUUCUUGUAUCAACUGAGAAUAUGCUAAAUUCGUAUUUCAUAGUAGAAUUAUAUAUAAAAAACUCUGCAAAUCUAUUGUUGAAUCUUU